AUGACGUUGGCAGAGGAAUUUCGGUCGAGAAACUUCAGUAUUUACGGACAGUGGACGGGUGUGCUGUGCAUCAUCCUGUGCAUUGCUCUGGGAAUCGCAAACAUCUUCACCAUCCAUGUUCUACGCAUUGUUUUCAGUGUCUUAUGCCUUGUCUCCGGCCUGGUCCUCAUUUUCAUUGAAGUUCCCUGGCUGCUCAGAAUAUGCCCUACCUCCUCCAAGUUUGAUGCCUUCAUUCGACGAUUCACCACCAACUACAUGCGCGCGGUGAUGUACGCUAUCAUGAGCACCAUCCAAUGGCUUAGUCUCCUCCCUGGUUCGGGUGCAUCCAGCUUGAUUGUCGCGGCCGUCUUCCUCCUGAUCGCCGGUUUAUUCUAUGCUCUGGCUGGCUUGAAAAACCAAGAAUUUGUGGGCAGCAAGACGCUUGGUGGACAGGGCCUCGUUCAAAUGAUCGUGUGA